AUGGCUUCACAACAGGACCAGCUCCCCCCAGUGGACAUCAAGCCUUUGCUGUCCAAGCUCUGGCCUAUAGACGGUCGAGUUACAGCUGAUGACAUUGCCGAUGCCAUCUCACACUUUUUCACGAACCAGGUGACGGAGGCGCAGAGUGCGUCUCUGCUGAUGGCGCUGCACUUCACGAGGCUCGACUUUGAACCCAAAGUCCUGGCAAGCUGUGCGGCUGCCAUGCAGAAGGCGUGUGCUCAGGUGCCAGUAGAUGAGCUGAAAAAAGUCAUCGAGACAAGGGGGAGAAGGGAGGGCAACUACCAUGGUGGACUCUGUGACAUUGUUGGCACAGGCGGCGAUAGCCACAACACCUUCAACAUCAGCACAACAGCCUCCAUCAUUGCUUCAUCCCUGCUCUUUGUGUCAAAGCACGGCAACAAGGCAAGCACGUCCAAGUCUGGCAGCGCCGAUCUCGUCAACAAGAUGCAGCCUCGCCCACCCGUGAUCACAGCUGUCAAGCCCUCGACCAUGGCGCGAGUGUACUCGGCCACCAACUACGCUUUUCUCUACGCGCCCGUCUUCCACACCGGUAUGCGCUAUGUGGCCCCCAUCAGGAAGCAGCUCCCCUGGAGGACAAUCUUCAACAACGUGGGACCUCUGUCCAACCCCGUCGAAGAUGUCCUCGAAGCCCGCGUGAUCGGUGUAGCGAGGAAGGACCUUGGUCCUGCAUUCGCCGAGGCGCUGCGUAUGGCUGGCUGUCAAAAGGCGCUCAUUGUGUGCGGCGAAGAGGAGCUGGACGAGGUGAGCUGCGCAGGGAGGACACUGUGCUGGAUGCUCCAGGAGAAGACACCGGGCGGCGAGAUCGUGGUGGAGCAUUUCACCAUCCAGCCGAGUGACUUUGGUGUGAGCAAUCACGCCCUGGACCAGGUUUCCUCCGGCAAAGAGCCAGAGGAGAAUGCAGAGAUUCUCCGUCGGAUCUUGAACAACGAGCUUCCCGACAAUGACCCACUCCUAGAGUUCGUGCUGAUCAACGUGGCCGCACUGUUUGUUGCUUCAGGAAUUUGUGAAACAGAUUCGAGCAACAUGGGUGAAGGCGAUGAUGGGAAAGUGAUUCAGGAGCGUGGUCCCGCGGGCCAGCGCUGGAAGGAGGGCGUCAGGAGGGCCCGGUGGGCAUUGAAGAGUGGCGAGGCAUGGAAGCAGUGGACGUCCUUUGUGGAUAUUACGAAUGAAAUUGAGAGUGAGGGCUGA